CUGGGGUUGGAGCAUUGGGGUGCAUCCCUACAAUGUUGGCCCGGACUGAAAACGGGAAGUGCUUAGAUGGUGUGAAUGAAGCAAUUUCCCCAUUUAAUGCCAAUAUGAAGCAGAUGAUCAACAACUUCAAGUCCACUCUCCCUGACGCUAAGUUUGUCUUCCUUGACACCCAAAAUAUGUUCCGCAAUAUCACCGCCAACUCCAAAACAUAUGGGUUCAAUGUUACGGAUCGUGGCUGUUGUGGAGUUGGGAAACUAAAUGGGCAAGUAACAUGCCUGCCUUAUGAAGUGCCUUGCACAAACAGAGAAGAGUACAUAUUUUGGGAUGCCUAUCACCCCACAUCUGCCGUGAAUGUAUUGCUUGGGAAGAUGUCUUUCAAUGGAGGUCCUGAUCUGGUUUAUCCCAUCAAUAUCGAGCAACUUGUCAAGAAUGAAGUUUGGCCAUUUUAGAAAAAGAUGUGAAUUUUAAUUCUUUUGAAUUAUUUUCUUGAACCCC